CGUACCUCCAUUUGGUGGCGCUAGACACCAAAACGUGAAUGAAAUACUUCAACAGUAGAGCGUAGAAGAAGAUCACCCCACGACUUUGACGUGCAGCAGCGGCUGUCCUGACCUUCCUUCUGCAGCGUGACGACCUGAGAGAUGGCUGGACGUGCAUUUGCAAACUGGUGGGCCAAGGUGGGCCCUUACUACACUAAGGCAUACCCGGAGAUGUGGGUUGGUCUUGGCAUCAUGACAUACCUGUACUACAAGAUUUCCUACGGGGGCAAGAAGGCUGUGAAGGACAAGCCUUCCCAUUGAGUAUUCCACCAUGUUGACCCCCCCACCACCUGAUGUGAAAUAAUUCCCCAGUCGUUACUCGAGAAGUCCAGCUUCAUUUAAGAUUUUUUGUUAAUAUGGAACGAAUAAAGUCGCUAUCCUUAACUUUUA